UUGCGUCAACGCUCCUCACACACAGUCAGCCAGUCACACAAGACAACAUCAGCCCUCGCAGCAUCCGCAUCUCUCGCGGCCAGGAGCACCAGCAGCACAUCUUCAUCUGAGCAUCCAUUCCACAACUGCCUCCCAUCGUCUGCGCACCGCCGACACCGGGCGUGUUCAUCCAACGCUUGCUUCUUUUUUUUUAAGGGUGCCUCGGCUCGGAUUAUUUUUUUCUUUGUUGCAUGUAUUUUUCUCGGAGAUGGUUUUGUGUUUUUAAUCGCGUCCUGUAAGAGAAAAACACGGAGCACCAUCGUUACAGCGCAAUUAUAAUCUCACUGAGCAGGAGAUCUGCAGUGGCCAUCAGGAGACGCAGACAGAGAGCUGAAAUCCAGCAGAGACGGUUUGAGUCGAGGUGAUCGUUAUCCCUUCAGAGAGCCGUUCACAGGAUCGUUUUCUACCCAGGCCCUGCAGCGGCAGCCUGUAGCCCAGGACUCCCAGCUCCCAGAAGCACAUAGAGGCUUUGAGACCCUCCGGAUCUCCCCUGGCAGACCCUCUUCUGACCCAGUGCGGCUGAAGCCCCUGGACGCCUACCCACAGUCACCAUGGGAACCGUGCUGUCUUUGUCACCCAGCUACCGAAAGGCGGCGCUCUUCGAGGAUGGGCCGGCCACCGUGGGCCACUACACGGCCGUCCAGAACAGCAAGAACGCCAAAGACAAGAACCUGAAGCGCCACUCGCUCAUCAACGUGCUCCCGUGGAAGCGGAUCGUAGCGGUGUCGGCCAAGAAGAAAGGCUCCAAGAAGGUGCAGCCCAACGGCAACUACCAGAACAAUGUCACCCAACUGAACAAUGAAAACCUGAAGAAGUCGCAGUCGUGCGCCAACCUGUCCACCUUCACCCAGGAUCAGAGCACCCCGGCUCUCACCAAGGCCUCCAACAACACAGUGUCGUCCAUCAAGAAGGCCCCUCUGACCAACUCCAAUGUGGCCCCCGGGACCCCCAAGAGAGUGAUCGUCCAGGCCUCCACCAGCGAGCUGCUGCGCUGCCUCGGGGAGUUCCUGUGCCGCCGUUGUUACCGGCUGAAACACCUGUCACCCACCGACCCGGUGCUGUGGCUGCGCAGCGUGGACCGCUCCCUGCUGCUCCAGGGCUGGCAGGACCAGGGAUUCAUCACCCCGGCGAACGUGGUCUUUGUCUACAUGCUGUGCCGGGACGUGGUCUCCUCCGAGGUGGCCACGGAGCACGAGCUGCAGGCCGUGCUGCUCACCUGCCUCUACCUGUCUUACUCCUACAUGGGCAACGAGAUCUCUUACCCUCUCAAGCCCUUCCUGGUGGAGAGCUCCAAGGAGACCUUCUGGGACCGCUGCCUGUCCAUCAUCAACCUGAUGAGCGCGAAGAUGCUCCAGAUCAACUCCGACCCUCACUACUUCACUCAGGUGUUUGCCGACCUGAAGAACGAGAGCCAGAAGGAGGAGGAGAGGAGCCGCCUGCUCAUUGGCCUGGACCGGUGAGGGGAUGCUGGGGAAGGGGUGGAGGGGAGGGCGAGGGGUCAGGGGAGGGGGGGGGCAUACUCCAGUCUGGCAUUUUGAUAAGUUUGAAAGGUUAUCUGUGAUGCUAUUUAUUCAUUAUCGUCCAAACUGAAGUGGGACGAGGCCAAUUAGGAAGUACUUGACAUUUAUAACCAGAGGGGGCAGCAGGCUCGGUGAUUGUCAUAGUUUUAAAAUGUUUAAGUUUGGGGGAUAACAUUUGUAACCGUCACCUAAAUACGGGGCCAUAGGGUUUAAAAAGCAGCCUCUUAAAGACGUGUAAUAUUAUCAAGGCCAAAUUCUAUUUUCAAAGGAGCAAAGGAUGGGUUUCUGUAAACCUGAGAAUGAAAGCGUUUUUUGACAAUGAUAUUUAAACAACAAAUGCCAGACUUGGGUAAAUCCUUUGCUAACAUACAGAUAUAUAUCUAUAUGAAAUACUGAAAAACACACACAAAACAAAACAAUUCAGAUAAAAAGACAGACAUUAGAAGAGGAAGAACAUCUACAGCAAUGAAUGUGGAGAGGACUGAGGCUGCGGCAGCCUACCGGUGACCUUCUGACUGUCUGACGAUGUGAUGUGCACUGCCUAUACUGCAGGAGGGUGAGGGCCAUUGCCUGCCUGGCUUUCUUCAUGCAUUACGGAUGAACAGGCGCCCCCCCCACCCCUCCCGGCUGCAACAAACUCUGGCUCUUUGGAACGCCAUGUCCUCUCCGUUAACGCGGAUACCACUGGACGUUUAUUUUUGCUGCAAUGCAUAUCUGAAAGAACAGCAGGGGCCAUCGAUGCUGGAUCCAUAUUUUCGUGGGUUUUCUGUUUGUGGCUCUACAACAGGACUUCUACUGGACGGACAAGAGGCAAACACUUCAUUGUGGGACUACAACAGCCAGAGGACGUAUGAUGAGUGGUCAUACUGUGUGUGUUCAGAGAGACCGACUUAUUUUCAUCUAGACGAAAAAAUAAAACAAGUUAAUGGAUGUUUUACUCCACCAGAGGCUCACACCGAUGGCGGCUUAUUUAUUGCUUUUCUGGAACAAGUUUUCUUUGAUUUCUUUCUUCUAUUUUUUUUCUUUUUUUUUUACUUAGAAAUGUAAUGUUUUGCACGUGUGCCAUGCAAUUUUACAGCGUUAUCCGGGAGGGAAGGAACAACUGUUACUUUUCUUCUUUUUACUUGAUUUGUAAACCAACUGCAUCUGCAUUAGAGAAUGCUGUGAACAAAGUGACACUAGUUUAUUUAGCUCUGCUUGCUAAAAUAGGCUAUUUGUUUACCAGGGAAAUUCUUUUUGUACUUUUGUCGAGUUUUGGAAUGACGUUUGAUUUUGUGCUUAUGAUUCAGCAUAGAUAAUGUUUAAAACAGUGCCAUAUCGUUGAUGAAAAAUCCCACAGGUCUGAGAACUCUGUACUGUUUGUCCAGCUGUUGAAUGAUGGGAUGGAUUUUCAUCUUCUACUAACUAACUUACUGACACUUAAUUUAUUGCCAUUUAUGUAUUUAUUUAGGCACAUUUAAUGUAAAUGAAAGGAGAGACUUUGAAAAGGGAAGGACACGAAGAGAUGUAGGCGUGCUUAUCUUUGGUGGGAAUGAAGAUUGAUCUGGUUUAUGCAAAUUAAUGUUGCAGUGAUUUAUCAAUAAAUACCUAAUUUAAAAAAAACUAUGUUAAAUCUGACCGUCACCAAAGUCACGUCAUCAAGGACACCUUAACAGAACACAUCAUUGAACUUAUACUUAAGAAAACGCCCUUAAAAGACAUCACAAAGGAGCCGACCCGACCUGCUGUCCCACAUAUCAGACAGAGAAAGAUUAUUUCAAUGUUCAGCAUCACUGCAGAUGAUCCGUCAGCAUCACCUCCUUGUAAAUCAAAUGCGAGGCGAUGUCACACUCAUCUAGAGCCUGUAGGAGACGAGGCAACCUUCACAGGAACGAUCACACGUUCAAUCAUAGAAAACCACCUGACUCAAAUGAGCUGCUGCAGUGUGCAACGGCAACCAAAGCAGAACGCAUGCAGAGCAAUUGCAGUUCAUGUUUCAGAGGGGAUGAGUUUCUAUCUACAGUAUUUCUAUCCAGAAAUGUAUGAGACAUGUUUCUCCUGGUUUUCACAUCUCAUUUCAAUAGAGUGUGUUGCAGGAAUGAGUCCUAAAAACCCAGAAAUCAGCAUUUUGCACUUAAGGUUCCCUCAUCAUGAAGUCAAUGGGUUUUUUGAAUGUGUUUUUGAUUAGAUGCCUGAAAUAAGGUCUGUAGUUAACACAAGCUGAAAAGAUUUUAACGUUUUGCUCUACGACAUGAAAAUACGUCGGUAAAUAUCCCUCCUAUGCAGUUGCUCACCAUCAGACUGUAAGAAGUGGACGUAGUGGUUCUGACGUCACCCAUCGUUUUGUGGACUGAUGUUUUGAAGCCCUUAGUUCGGCAUUUUGGCCGUCGCCAUCUUGGUUUUUGGCAACCAGUGA